GGGCAAAGACCAAAACUAGUUAAUAUAAAUAAACAAAACAGUAAUAGUAGACAAUAAUAAUUGAAAGUUAUAAAUAAGAAUUGAGUAUAAUUGUGUUUCUGGCGUGAUUUUAUUUGAUAAAAUUUAAUACUUAAUAAAAUACGUUUGGAUAUUAAACUACAUAAUAUCAUUAUUGUCUUCAAAAUAUUUCAUAGAAUGGGCCAAGGAAAAAGUCAAUUUACUGAAGAUGAACUUCAAGAUUAUGAGGACCUUACCUACUUCACUAAAAAAGAAGUUCUAUAUGCUCAUCAAAAAUUUAAAGCUUUAGCACCUGAGAAAGUUGGCCACAAUAAGAAUGCAAAGCUGCCAAUGGCAAAAAUCCUCCAGUACCCAGAACUACGAGUGAAUCCAUUCAGGGACAGAAUCUGUAAAGUAUUUAGUUCAAGCAAUGAUGGUGAUUGUACUUUUGAAGAUUUUCUUGAUAUGAUGUCUGUGUUUAGUGAGAGUGCUCCUAAAGGUGUUAAAGCCGAACAUGCAUUCAGAAUAUUUGACUUUGAUGGAGAUGACAUGAUUGGAGUAUCUGAUUUAAGGGAGGUUAUUGAAAGACUGUGCGGAGCUGAGUUAAAACUCAGCGACUCAGAAAUACAGCAACUGGUGCAAAAUGUUCUUGAAGAAGCUGACUUGGAUGAUGAUGGGGCACUCUCAUUUGCAGAGUUUGAGCAUAUAAUUGAUAAGAGUUCAGAUUUUUGUCACUCAUUCCGGAUAAGGUUGUGAAUGAAAAUUCAGUAACUGCCAUCUCUUUUUACUCAAAAAUUUCAUGAAUAUUAAUAUUAUUGGGUGUUGUUAUUUAAAUAUUGCACUUUUUUACAUUUAUAUAGCCAGUAGCUUUCCAAUGUUGUUUAUAAUACUUAUAUUAACUUUACUACUAUAUAACUUUGCUAUACCUACAUUUUAAAAUUUUACUGCCUUACAAAUAAACUAAGCCUAAAGUUAUACCUGAUAAUAAACCGAGAAUAUGCGAAAUGGUGACUAUAUCACUGACAACACUGUCAAUACAAUUGUAAUUUUGAGCCUAUGGAUUGCAACCCGUGCCACUAAAUACCUAAAUAAAAAAAAUUAAAAUUCUGAAGUAUACCGAAUGUCAAGCAGUCUUACAAAUAAACGGGAAUCUUGAUACUGCCGUAUUAAGCAAUCCUAUGCAAAAUAUCUAUUUGUUUUUGCAUAUUCUUGGUUUCUUCUCAGUUAUAACUUUAUACCAAUUUUAUUUUCAAGGCCGAUAAUGUUUAAGUAAUUGUUUUGAUCCAUUAAGUGCCAAAAAAGUUUUUAUAUUUUUAUUAUUAUAAUAUUAGUAUUUAUUUAUAGGUUAAAUUUUUUUAUUAAGUAAUUAAAAAGCAUCAAACUUAAGUGAUUGAUAAUAAAUGUUAUAAUUAUUAUUAUGUUAACAUUGUUAUGGCUGACUGAAAAAUGAUAAGGUCCAUUUAAUAAAUGAAUUUUUAUUGUGAAGCAUUUUCUUGUGGUCAACUAAAAUAAUAAUAUUGUAAUGGCUUCAUGAUUAUUAAGUAUACCAUUCAAUAAAAUAAUAUCCGGACAACCGAGCCUUGCUCGGAUUUUUAAGAAUGUACAAAAUUGAAUUUAAAAAAAAAACUAAUAGGACAUCUGGAUUCGAACCGGGUCUUCUGCUUUCCGGAUCACCCAAUGUCCCAUCUGAGCUACUAUAGUCUUGUAUAUAGUGCCGAAAUUUACCUUUGUAUUCUAAAGUUAUUGUAGCUGUUUCUCAUUUAAACGGAUAAAACUACAUUUUUUUUAAAUUGAAACCUAGCUAGAUCGAUUUAUCGCCCCCGAAACCCCCUAUAUACUAAAUUUUAUGAAAAUCGUUGGAGCCGAUUCCGAGAUUCCAAUUAUAUAUAUAUAUGUAUACAAGAAUUGCUCAUUUAAAGAUAUAAGAUUUAUGUACAAUAUGAGUCCACGUGACUGUGUGAUAUGUUUCUUGCUUAGAUUAUUUAUACGUCUAGAUAGUCUCUUGCUUUAGACAACCGAUAAAAACAGACCAGAAAUAUUAGUUUAGUGUGCGUGACAAGCUACGUUUAACACUCGCGAUUUGUAUGACACUUUGUGUUAGUGUGCGUGCAUUGCUCAAAAUAGAGGGUAGUUCUAAACUGAAUUUUUUUCGACGUUUUCACAGCAGUCUAUCUAGACGUAUAAGUCUCUCAUUUAUAAAUGAUCUAUGGUUUUUUUUUGUUAAGAUAUUAACAUUUUUGUAGGUAGGUACUUACUUUCAGAUUUUUUGAAAUUUUAUUUAUUUAUUCUAAUUAGGUAGGUACGUAUUUAAAUCAUUUCAGAUUUACGCAAUAUCAUAAUAUAUAUACAUCAGUAAAAUUUUUUUUUCAUUCAUUUUGAAAUUGGCAACAUUUAUUAAUAUAAUAUAGAUCUUAGACUAAGGAUUGAUAUCCGCUGCGUACCUACUAGAUACCGCACUACCUAAGAACAAUAGCUUUUUUAUUACGGCAACUAUAGAUACUUGUGUGCGUGGUAUCUUGACACUCAAUGGCAUCUUUCAAAUUUUGUAAUUUAAUACGCUUCGUGUUAUUUUACAUUGAAAUGAAUAAAAUACAAAAUACUUAAUGAUGAUAUGUGAUUUCCCAGUGAAUUUCUUAUUUCUUGUAGUAUUAUUUUUACAAAGUUUUAGUACGCAACCCGGGAUUUUAGUUUCAACUAUUAACAAAGUUUAACAGAACAUGUGGCACGUCAACGUCACACAUUGUCCGAGACUAGCCCGAGUAUGCCCACUUAGGCGUAGUAUAGUAUAGUAGGCGCACUUUGCGACUAGGCCUGCGGUAUCUAGUUGAAGGGCAGUGGAGACCAAUCCUUAAUCUAAGAUAUAGAUACUCAAUUUAACUAUUGACUGAACAUACGUAGUAGGUAUAUUCCAUUUCAUGAAAUUAAGUAGGUAGCUGAUGUCACUUAAGGAGUGGAUCAACAAAAUGGUGGCGAUAGACGGGUUUCUACAUAAUAGAACACUUUACACAUUGAAGUUAAGUUUAUCAUUAUAAUGAAAAAUUAUUUCCCAUGCCUACAUAAAAAUAUGUUUGUAAAUAUGAUUAUUUUUUUGCAACAUCUUGUUAUUGUUAAGUGUUAAGAAACAUCCUGGAUCAAAUUAUAGUUGAUGCAGCUUAGGAACUUAAAGCUAAAACAUAAAGAAAAUUUUAUUUUAGUGUAACCUAGUUUUUUUUAUGGCAACUGGUGUGUGAUCACCGCCAAAUGUGGGCACAUUCUCUUGCAUCACCAGAGGAUUCACAGGAGCGUUGCCGGCCUUUAAGGAAGGUGUACGAAAGUAUGAUUGAGUCUGAUAAAGAAAUAUAUAAACAUUUACUUACAUAACAAUUCUGAAAGGAUUACAACUUGCAUACCACUUUAAAACCAUUCGGUAGUAACUAAUUGUUAUUAGGGCAUUCCAUUGAUACUCCGUCAGUUGAUCGACAAAAACCGGUGGGAGUGAGCAGAUCUUUUUUUUUUAACUCUGCAACUUUUGAUACUUUAGUUAUAGGAACGGUGUUUUCGUGAAGAAGAUACUGUAUUUUUGGUAUUCUUUGUUUUUUUUAAAUCAAACGUAACAUUUUUAAACGAGUCUUACGCAAAUCGCUGUAUUCUUCGAGGAAACAUUAUUUUGUGGUCACUACAUAGUCCUAAUCCAAAUUUACUUGAUCUUUAGGGGUUAUGACAAAGUAAAGGUCCAGCAAAGGUGGUAGUAGGUAUCAAGUCAGAACUAACUAACAGAACAUACAUACUGUAUACAUAUAUAGUCAUAUUUGUCUUCCUAAAAUUAUAUCAUUAAGUUGUAUUUAUUUGUUUUCAAUGUAACUAUAUAAUUUCUAGUAUUAUUUUAUUCUAAGUUGAUAGCCAAAUGAUUUCAAACAUUUUUAUUGAUGUUCAUUUCAUUGAAUAAUAUUAAUAAAAUUGUAAGAAAUAAGUAUAAUAUAAAAUUCCAAAAUUGAA